CAUCCUGGUCACAUUGCAACCCAUCCACCUCCUCCUCCUCCUCCUCCUCCUCCUCCUCCUCCUCACUUUAACUCCACAUUAGCCCUUACCCCAUCUCUCUGCCAGCCGCAGCUCUGACCAGAUAACGGAUAUCAGACUGUAGAAACGAGUUGUUAAAACCUGUGAUCAUGUCCUCAGUGCUGCAGAAGUUGAUCAGCCCUCUGGCCAGUAGCCCUGCUGAGCCUCCCAGGAACAAAGUGACAGUGGUCGGGGUGGGCCAGGUGGGCAUGGCCUGUGCCAUCAGCAUCCUACUGCGGGACCUGUGUGAUGAGUUGGCUCUUGUGGAUGUGAUGAAGGAUCGUCUAAAGGGAGAGAUGAUGGACCUGCAGCAUGGCAGCCUUUUCCUUAAGACCUCCAAGAUAGUUGCUGACACAGACUAUGCAGUGACAGCUAACUCUCGCGUGGUCGUGGUGACGGCCGGUGUUCGUCAGCAGGAGGGUGAGAGCCGCCUUAACCUGGUGCAGAGGAACGUCAACGUCUUUAAGUCCAUCAUCCCCCAGAUCAUCAAGUACAGCCCGAACUGCACACUGGUCGUGGUCUCCAACCCUGUUGACGUGUUGACCUACGUGACCUGGAAGCUGAGUGGUCUGCCCAAGAACCGCGUCAUCGGCAGCGGCACCAACCUGGACUCGGCCCGCUUCCGCUACCUGAUGGCCGAGCGCCUCGGCAUCCACGCCAGCUCCUUUAAUGGCUGGGUGCUAGGGGAGCAUGGAGACACCAGCGUGCCAGUGUGGAGCGGUGCAAACGUAGCAGGAGUAAAUCUGCAGAAGCUGAAUCCUGAUAUUGGCACUGAUGGUGAUAAGGAACAGUGGAAGGCCACACACAAGGCUGUAGUGGACAGUGCCUACGAGGUGAUCAAGCUGAAAGGCUACACUAACUGGGCCAUCGGUCUCAGUGUGGCAGACCUGACUGAGAGCAUCGUCAAGAACAUGAGCCGUGUCCAUCCUGUCUCCACAAUGGUCAAGGACAUGUAUGAUAUUGGUGAGGAGGUCUUCCUGUCACUGCCCUGUGUGCUGAACAACACUGGUGUGAGCAGCGUGGUCAACAUGACCCUGACGGACGCCGAGGUGGGCCAGCUGAGGAAGAGUGCAGACACGCUGUGGGGCAUCCAGAAGGACCUCAAGGACAUCUGAACACAUAAUCCACACCCAUGAUGCAGAGAGGCCUGUUGACAAGCACACACUCCUUUUAGAACAUCCCUCUCGCUCUUAAACUGUAAACUCUUAUUUGAAGGGAAAUACCAGCGUUUUUUAAGAUUCUGCCAGUGAGAAUUUCAGUGUUACAUGUACGUCAUCAGCCUUAUUUGACUGUUGCCAUAUCAGUGCUGCAUUAUGUCACCAUCUACUUCCUGUCAAUCAAUUUUAAAUCUAAAAAACACUGGUAUGCCCCUUUAAAAAAUUAACAGAUGUGCUCCCCAGCAGUUAGUAGGCUGAUGUUGCUGUGAUACUUUGUUUGUUUUAAGAGAUGUAAGCUGACCUGUGUUUACUUCUUUCAACUGUUUGCACCAGGAUAAAACACAACCCUCAAAAAGCCAAAACUGUGACUGUCUUCCUCUACCACUUGUAUUAAGUCAUUCCUUCACGAUGAGAAAGACCCUAAAUGUCCAGAGAAAGACCCUAAAAAUCCAAUAAGGAUGCUGUUUUCCGCCCCCCUUCAUUGAAAAGUGGUACCCUACAGCAAUGAAAUUGGGACUUUGUGAGUGUAAAGGUGGACAUUUUUCUCCCUCCUGUUUCAUCACUGUUAGCAAAGGGAGAAGGAGCAGCAGGGGAGGAGUGAAAAUGUCCUGCUGAAGUUGUUUUCUAAAACAUCAAUUGUUACUGUCUGACCUUGUGUUUUGUGUAACUUAAUACAUUUGAACCUGAAAAAGUGUA